AUUAAACGUUUGUCGCUUGCUGCCAUUUGUUUCCACACUUCCUCAUUUCAAUUGACCUGACAUUUGCGCUACACAUCUCUCCCCACCGACUUCAUACUAAGACUGACUCACUACUGAGGCACAUAUGCUCACGAACGCGACUGGUUGGUGAUAACGACCAACACAGCGUAUCUGCACAAGCGAACAGCUCGUCGUGCCCAUUGUAGUGCCCGCCAUAGACCAUCGCGGGGCAGUCGAGAAUUUCGCGUCACUUUGUGCGAUACGCAUUCGAAGAAUGCAAAACAAUCUGAAAGUACGUAUAUUUCGCCUAAUAAUUAAAUAUAUUUGAAAUUUAGUUUUGUUGUGGAAGGCGAAGUGAAAACAUCAAACAGAACGAAUUAAAUAAUUUACACUCGCGUUCUCUAGUUGUUAGUUCCGUUGAAUUUUGUUUUUGUAAAUAAUGUUUGAGUGAUAAGAAAAAAUAACGAAAUAUUAAAAUUUUUAAUUCAAAUUCGUAUAAAAUCCAUUGGUGAAACACUAGCCAUGAUGUCGUCUUCGAAUAAAUACAAACUGUAGAACUCGAACGAAAAGCGAAAGUACAUCCAGUAAACAAACUCCACAGACCACAAACUGCCAGAAGUAAAUUUGUGAUAUCGCAAAAUCCCCUCUUCCGCACUAAAAAAUGUCCGGUUCAUACGCUUACGAUAGCAGUUAUUUGCGCACGAUUUUUGGAAUCCUAAGAAUCUGCACUCUGCUGUGCAGUCUUAUCGGCUUCAAUUGCAUCAUCUUCAGCUCCGUGCCUGUACACAAUUUCCGCGGUUGCUUUUACAUUUCGGUGGCAGUUUUUGGUUACUGCUGCAGUACCGUCGUGUUACUGGCGCGGCUCUUCCAAGUCUGGGAGCGUAAAUUUCACAACUUCCAAGCAUUUAAGUAUGAGACAUACUUGCACUCCUUCCUAGCAGUUGCCUUCUUCAUAGCGUCUGCACUGUCAUUGUCCUUGGCGGUAGUUACAUACUCAGUUGCCACAUUUUUCGGUUACCUUACAUCGUGUUUUUAUGCCGCUGACGCAUAUCUAAGUUACCGCCAGAGUAGAAUAUGUAAUGCUGCCACACAAACCCCAGAAGUCGGUUGGGUUGUGUAGUCGAACCUCAUACAUAUGAACACGAUAAGUUAUAUAUAUUUUGAAAAAUAUAUAUAUACAUAUUGGUUUGUAUCUUGUAUCUUGUAUAUUUAAGCAUUUAAGUAUUUUUAUAAAAUUUCGAAAUAUUUUUUCAUUUUUAUGUGCUAAUUGAACGAACAUGUUUAGGUAAAUAAAUAAAUUUUAUACUC